AUGCGUCGUCAUACACUAGAACAUGAUAGCAUAGGACAACAGAUCAAAUCGGUAUUUACUUCACCUACACGAAAGUUUCUCAAUUUUAAAAACAAUAGCGACGAUUCUAAUAGUAUUCUUCAUUCCAAUCGACGAACACGACGUGUUAGUGUACCUGAAAAAAAAUAUUCAGAUAAACUGGACAAUAAUGCCGAACUUGAUACUAUUGAUGAAAAUAUCUUAUUUGAUCCGUAUGCUAUUCAACAUUUAGAUACGAUGCGUGUUACUCGAAAUGAAGCUAAUGCUACUGCUGGUAGUUUUGAUCAAACCGAUAUAGAUCGAUCACAAUCGUCGAAUAAAACAAAUACUGAUUCAACAUCAAAACGAACUCGAUUACAAGCUGUAAUUUCUUCACGUAGUAGUGGAAAUGAGAAAAAAACGAAUUUAGUAGUAACUGAUUCUGUUGGAGGAGUAUCUCAUACAACAAAUAGUACUUCCGGUCCUGGUGGUGGUGGUGCUGCUGCUGCUGCUGCUGCUCAUAAUGAAACAAAUGAUGGCUCUAAUCAACGACAUGUUGUUGCUUCUCUUGCUCCAUAUGCAAAUACUGCUGUGCCUACUACUUCAUUAAGAUUUUCAUCUGGAAAAUCUAGUUUAGCCAGUCCUACACCUUCAUCAUCAUCAUCAUCAUCAUCAUCAUCAACGAAGGAACAUUUUAGCCGACGCACUCGAUCUCAUUCGAAAACUGAUACACAAUCAGUAUCUGAUAAAUCACUUUUUUCAAGAAUAUUUUCAAAAAAAUCCAAAAAGCCUUUGGGAACAUUAAUAACUACAACAACAAAAUCAAUUGAUUUAGAUAUAAAUAAAAAACGACAAAAUCUUAUUAAUCAAUCAUCGUUAGCUAAAGAUAAUCCACGAUCAACAAUCGAUGAAGAAGAAGAAUUUGAUGAUGAUGAUCCAAAUAUGUCUGCUGGUUCCUUGUCAGAUACGGAUUAUCUCGAUGAAAAAGAUGAUGUUAUCAAUACUAACCUUAGUUCCAGUACAACUCUAACUGGAAGCAGAAAAAAUAGUAGUUCUGGAAAAAAAUCAACUGCUGCUCCAAAUUCUAUGGCAUUACCUACAUCAGAUUCACAAUAUUAUGCAUCAAUGUCAUCGGCACCGACGGGUUUUUCAAUUUCUUAUCAUAAAUAUUUGACAAAAGGUAAUGAUGAUCUUCGAAGACAAGCAGCACUCGGUCUACUUCAGCAACAAAAUAAAAAAGGAGCUGUUUCUGGAGCAAACAAUUUGAUGGUACGUCAUCUGCUAUAUAUUUAA